UGGUGGUUCAAGAGGAAACUUUCCUCCAACGAAUUUAAAACCUGCUGGAACAAAUCCUGCUGGAACAUUUGUUUCAGCAUUGUUGUUUGGAAAGUCUGGAACUUCAGAAACAUUGUUCCUGCGCGAGGAGAUAUAUAAAUCUGUUGACUUAGUAAUGAAGGAAAUUUGGCAAGUCUGCGUGAUGGUAAUUCUCCAACAGGAAUGUUCUAGGCGAGCCAGCAAAGCCAUUAAUCUCUGGCUUAGAAGUUAGAACAGGUGUCUUCAGUCCAUGGUGGCUGAGGAAAGUCCAUGUUUGGCCAUCGAAAUUGCAGUUGGUGCUGUUAAUGAGAACAAAUGUUGUGCCGGAAUCCUUUGGAUUGACUCAGAAAUUCUGAGCAGGAAGGUUUUGUAGGUUAGCCGUUCUGACAUAGUCUAGGAAUGGAGAUAUGUCGGGAACUUUUAUUGGACUUGGUUACUGUGAAAUCCAAUAACGUAAGAUGAAAACAUUGGCUUCAUGGGCUCCUUGAAUUGUGGAAGAUUAAUCAAGGGCAGAUUGCUGGAUGGUAUAACUGCAGCAACCACAGAAUUGUUGUUAGUAAAGAUGUUCUGAAUCUCGACCCCACCAUGGGGACCCGGCUGACGCCGUGCAUCUUGUAGAUGGACCAUGGACGUCGUUUGCUCAAUGUUCGCCCUCAACGGGCCCGUUUUCUCUUGAUUGUUGACCGUUGGAGCGCCUCCGCAACGGCUAUUUUUUGCCCCACCCAUGUUUGAAUCUUGGGUUCAAAAAGAGAACGUUGCGCCUUCUCUCUCCUCCUCAUUGUUCUCCCCAUCUUCUGCUCUUUGUCCCUCUUGUUUGUCAACAUCUUCUUUUCUGAAUCUGCGGUCUCCGAUCCUGAGAGAAUCUUGUUCCCUUCUUUCCUUCAUUGUUGGUGCAUCUUUACUUCCAACUGCGCAGAUUGCCAUUUCUUUCUAAAAGAAACGAGACAGAAAGAUCAGUUCGGUCAUGGCUGUUGAUGGCCAAUUAUCUCCCGCUCCCGCUCCACUGGCGAAAGCCGGUGAAUUCUUUCUGGGUUAUACAGAUCCAAGUAGACGCGAGGACGUUGGAGUAUCACAAGACCUCAUAGGAGAACCAAUAAAGGCUGCAAGGGAUACGGCGGCCGAUGGCAUAUCCACCCUUCCGGAAACUGAUGAACCGGGUUCAGUUUCUACAGAGUCGAACAAACACGAAGAUGAUGGUGGAUCACCAAACCACCAAGGAGAAUCCGGGACGGCAAUUUCGACAAACCUCAGAAAGAACGGAUCACCCAAAGAAAAUGCACGCUCCAUCGUUUAUGCCAUUAACAAGUCCACAUCUCAAAUAAAGAAGCCGCCUCACCGCAAAAAUGCUUCUCCUCUAAAUUGGUUUCCUCGUAAGAAGACUACGUCGUUCUUGGAAAGGAAAAUAAAGCAACUACAGGAGCUCGGUGGGAUGAACGCUACUUUGGAUGAGACCUUAGGCCAUUCAAAUCCACACUACUCAAAAGUAGAAAAAGAAAAGAUAGCUGCCCGAGCUGCUGCAAGCAGGGUUAUGGAAGCUCGUAAGACUGCAAUGGUGGAGGCUUCCUGGUAUCGGAUUCUUCAUGCAGCAAGAAUCAACAGCAAAGAAGCAGAACAGUUGCUUGCUAAGGCGGAGAGAAAUGUUGAGGAGGCUUUUAAGGCAGCUUCCUCUAUGGGGGUUGUAAUGUACAACAAAGCUGGCAGUCCAAGGAGACCAUGGGUCGUUGAAACGUCAUCAAGCAAGAAUGGAGGAUCUACCCAUACUGUCACAGCUUCCUUUGAGACUGCAUUUGAGGUUGACAAGGAGGUCGCUGCAGCAGUGAAGUCAGCUCUUAUUCGCCUGGCAAGCCUCCCACAAUUUCUUAGUGAAGAUAAGGACAAUGUCAGUGGAGACCUUCACCAAAUCAGUCAAGACCUGGAAGAGUGCGAGUCCCAACAAUCGGAUGUGGCGUCAGCCGCGUCACAUACUGGAGCUCAUAGUCGUGAGCUUGUUAAUAUGAUGCUUGAGAGGCUGAGGGUUCUGACAGGAGAAGAACUUGCUUCUCUUGCCACCAUUGUUGCUACCUGUGGCCUGAAUGCAAUUUUAGAAGUGAAAGACAAUAAGCAGAGACAUGCUACAGAAGGAGAGAAAUACAAUCUUCUAGGAGGCCUUGAAAGCUGCUUGGUGAAGCAUGUCUCAAAGCUAGAGAGGGAAGUGCAAGAGGCCAAGAUGAACAUGAAAGACAAUGCUAAAGACACCAAAAGGCCAACUGAGAAAACGAAUUCAAAUGUGGUGGUUCCAAGCUUGGAAAGCAUCCUUAGGAAGCAUUCGUCACGGUUGGAGAAGGAAAUUGAGGUAGCAAAGAAAUCUGAAGCACACAAACGUGAUGGGAAGAUUGGUGUGAAUGACAGGCCUGACAAAGAAAAUGUGGAUGCAAACAGACCAAGAGAGGAGGAAGCCGACGACAAUGGUCUCGACAAGGUAUUAGUAAAACGUGUCCAUCGUUUAGAAAAAGAGAAAAUCCAGUCUUUGGCAUCAGACAGAUAUACCAUGACGCGAAGGCUGUCACGGAAACCACAAGCUGAAAGUUCAGAAGUGGAUAGUUUAGACAAAGUCUUGGUAAAGCAUGUUUCCAGGCUUGAGAGGGACAAAGUUGCAUUUUGUGCCAGUGAAGAAGCUAGUAGAAUGAAAAGUUCGAAGAGUGUAAAAUGUGAGAGUGAUGAAAAGAGCUUGGGAGAAGUCUUGGUGAAGCACUUGUCUAGGAUUGAAAGAGAAAAGUUUGAAGCAGCUCAACAAGUACAAGCAGAAACUCUGUCUGAAUCAACAAGUAGAAGUCCACCUGCAACCAAGGAAUCACCAGGGUUCGAGACGUGGCAUAAUAAAAGUUACAGAGCCCUUAGAGAGGAAAGGAUGAGAGAGAUGCAGCAAGCAUGGGGUGGCUUGAGUUUAGGAAAUUCUGUUAGGCCACAUCUUUCCAGACUUGAGCGAGACAAGGCUGCUUGGUCUCAGGCUGAGGAAGAAGCACGGAAACGUGAAACCAUCGAAGCUCGAGGCCUCUAGAAGAAGACGGGCAAGAUUGUGGUGGAGGAAGGUGACGGGAAUGUGGGUGGUGUGUGAUCAUUGUUUGGACAUUUUCAUGUACAGAUAGGCAUUCGAUUUUCAUCAAAAUCACAAAGUUGUUUCAUAAAAUGUAGCAAUUGAUUCUGUAAUAAAUCACCACAGAUUUGCCAUUGCUGUGGCCUUGUGAAGGAAGGUGGGGACAUUUUAACUUCAAGACUUUAGAGCCAAAGUACCGUCACAUGGUCAACUGUGCAGUGCCUUGUGAGUGCUCCAUCUGCUGCUGCAAAGGAUGAUUGUGUAUUUAAAAUACCACUGAAUUGGGAUGUGCAGAUGUUUAAUACCAUUGUCCUGUUUGAUCUUUGAUGUAAGCUCCUGACAUUAUCUUGUCUACCAGAAGAGUCGCCAUAUCUGUGGCCUUGUGACAGAAGGUGGGCAUUUUUUUAAGUUCAGGACUUUGGAGCAAGGAGCUUAUCUGCUCCUGCCAUGCAGCACAACUCUAGUGUCUGCUCUAGAUCCGAUUCCUGCUCAACAUCGUGUACAUUCAGCUGUUCUCUUCUGGAACUAUAUCAUUUUCCUAACGUGAAGCUCCUCUUUCUUUCAA